UUCCUUUUCUUCCCCCCGCUCGGCAGCUCGCCUCAACGAAGUGGGCACCAUGGAGCCUGAACCAGACUUUGGCGACGAGAUAAACAACGUAACGGUACCGCUCGGGAGGGAAGCCAUCCUCUCUUGCAUAGUGGACAACCUGGGUGAAUAUAAGGUGGGAUGGAUGAGAGCGGACACGCAGACUAUCCUGAGCCUACAUAAGAAGGUGGUCACUCAUAAUACCAGGAUAUCCGUCACUCACAGCGAACCCAGGACUUGGAACUUACAUAUUAGAAUGGUAAAGGAGGAUGACAGAGGCUGCUACAUGUGUCAGAUCAACACAGCCGUUAUGAAGAAGACGGUUGGGUGUGUCGAUGUUCAUGUCCCUCCUAACAUCAUCGACGAGCAGACUUCUGGUGACAUCACGGUGCCUGACGGAGAGAGCGUGUCCUUGGUGUGUACGGCCAAUGGUUACCCAGCUCCUAAGAUCCUGUGGCGGCGGGAAGACGGCGAGAAGAUCACACUCAGGACUGGAAGAAGAGACAGGAUGAAAGUAGACGAAGUGGAGGGACCGUACCUGAACCUGACGCGUGUACGACGGAAGCAGAUGGGGGCGUACGUGUGCAUCGCCAAGAACGAGGUUCCUCCUGCCGUCAUGAAACGCAUCAUCGUCAACGUAGCUUUCGAGCCUACAGUACACGUGCCAAGCCAACUGGUGGGGACGCCUCUGGGAUCUGAUUUGUUCCUCUCCUGCAAGGUGGAGGCCUACCCCAAGCCCAUCACCUUCUGGCGCAAGAACAACGACUUCAUGAUCCUAGACGGACCAAAAUACAAAGUCGGUGAGACAUCAAGGUCGUAUCACAGUAAUAUGUCUCUGAUAAUAAGAGAGGUUCAAGCAUCAGACAUAGGUACUUACAUCUGUGUAGCUCGGAACUCUAUCAACCAAGCAGAAGGUCAGAUCAGAACCUAUGAGAUCGAUCCUCCGGUUACACACAGGCCUACGACUUCUAAGGGACCACCUGGGGGUGAUUCUCUCUCCACUGCUCUCAACCAUAGUGCCAAGUCUUCAGGUCUACACAAGAAUCAGUUCGAUGACGACUUCAAGUACAAGACGACGGUGGACUCGUCACACACGCCACACAACAAGGGCAAGCGUAAGGACGUGAACCACUACAACAGUGUCGAGGCCACCAACACGAGGAAGCCCGCCCUACGGCCCGACGUGUUGUCCCGGGGUGUUGUGGAGACGGCACCCAGCCCCGCCUCCCUCACUCACCUCUACAUAGUGCUCCGCCUUGCUCACUUGUGGUUUUAAAUGGUUGUCCGACUACUAGAUAUAUAUAAAUACUUAUGUGUAAGCUAAGCGACCUAUGUUACUCGUGUAUAAGAGAUGCAUGUUUUGUUAUUUGUUUGCGUUCUUCUCAUUGCGUUGAUCUAUGUGCUGUAUAUCAUGACAUAGUUACGUGUUCAUUAACAUAUCCAAGGCGUUACCUCAAUUAGAUUCCAUGAGAAACCUUUUGUAAGUGUGAAGGAAUGCGUCGUCAUGGCCUCGGGUGUCUCACUAUCGCUGCGAGGCACAUUAUCUCUCAUCUUCGAUGUGCUCUUGUAGCGAUUUCUUUAUCCAAUGACAAAAAAAACAAUCAUUGCUUACCAGUAACUAAUAUUUUUGGUGGCAGUAAACUGAACUGUGUAGCACAUGACUCUGGUGUUGAGAAGUGGAGAAGUGUUUAGUGAGGGUGGUGGACGAGGGACGUGGUGCUAGCACAGCCACCCUCACUCGCAGUUAACAAUUCUCUUAGAACACUGUUAAAAGUCCUGCAAAGUGAACAGUCUCGCUAGUGGGUCGCGGACAACUAAGACGCUUUCAUUGUUCGUCAUUCAUGAUGUGUGUGUGUAAAUAAUCUUCCAUUAGUGAAUAUAAUUUGAAACUUAUAGUCUUAAGGCAUUUAUGAACUUGUCCUGUAUGUGUGUAAAAAAAAUAAUCAUGAAUAUUCUUGGCACAGUGACUGAUGAACAAGUUGGCUGUUAGCGUGAGAGUCGCCUAACACACCACUGGACCGGCGAACACCACUCAUCCACUCGCGCUAGUCUCUCUUCCUUUUUUCUAUCAAACUAUAAACAAAUAAUAGGAACACAAAACCAGAAGACCCAAAGCUCACAUUGUUUCUACACAUAACCGUCUUCUGUGAGUGUUUAGCCAUGACAAGGUUCCUCAAAUUUCUAUCUUUGUACACAAGUUUUUUUUUUCUAGUGUCCUGUUGGCGAAAGAUUAAUAACAAUGUGCAUUAUCCUCUAUUAAAACCAGCUCACAGAACAGAAUUAUUAAGAAGAUAUAU